AUGAAUAAUACAGAUUAUACAAUUCUCCAGAUACUUCAGGGCAUGCAAGAAACACUUUUUGCAUUGCAAAAAGGCCAGGAAGAACUUCAGGUUGGACAAGACGCACUCAAGAAAGGUCAAGAAGCACCCCGGGAUGAACAAGCAUUGCUUAGGCAGGAGAUUGCCAAUGUUUGUAAAGAUAUGAAUGGCCAAGAAAGCCCAGAGCUGACAAUAGUACAUAACAAUCUUGGUGGAGCAAUUCCAAGACCAGUACCAAAUAUCAAAGAUAUAACUUUGGUACAUAUCUACAGAAUGAUGAGCCACAAUCUUGGGGUUGAGCUAGAUAAAGGAAACAAGGCAAUCCUUCACACUUGUACAGGCCUUGUCUGCAAUGAGCUGGCCACUCUUCCUUCUGUGCAAGCUCUGGAACAAUAUCUAAACUGGAGUGCAAUUUCUUAA